AUGAGAAGCCUUGCUCAGGAAUCUCCAGUGCAAAAAGCCCCAGCUUUUUCCUCCCCAGCUCCUUCUUUCGGCGUCGGAGGCAAAGAGAGAACUCGCCCUGCUUUUUCAGAAAACCAGUUUGACGUGGCUGAACCUCCAGCUAACGGUGCAACGGGCACAAGGGAGGGACUGUUCUCAGGAGCAAGCUGGACGCUGAGCGGAGCUGCGCUGGAGCUGUUUUUGGAAGCCGGGGCCAGAGGCAGCGGGCGCGGGCGAUAUGACCAAAAAGGACCCCUGCUGAAGAAGCAGCAGCAAUCUGGGGAAUAUUCUCCUGGAAGAAUACAGAAAUAUAAGAGAGUUGGCAGGGAUGCAAACCAUCUCCUAAAAGUCUCUGCUCUGAACCAGUACACYGUUCCUUCUGUCAUAUUCCAUUCACCAAAGCAACUCACCACUGUCCUCCUAUCACCGCGGACCCUAUUACCACCGGUGCCCUCCAACCUCACUGAAAAGACUGUCACUGGGCGCCAACCUCUCCCAGGACUUGGGACCUCCGGCCCGCUCUUCUCCAGCCCAGCUCACCGCACGCCAGGGCGCGGUCCUCUGCUUCCCCGGCUCCAGCUGCCCACGCCCUCACCUCAUCCAAGGCGCGCCCACAGAGGCUGCUUCUUCCUCCUCUGCAGCCACUGCCCAGCUCCCGACCGGCUCCGGGCGUCGUCUUUCCYGGCUGGGGUGCUGCCGCAGGGACUGUGGGACUCGCACCGCGUCCCCAAACCAGUGAGGCGUGUGGUGAGUCCGGCGGGACGCGCGGCGGCAGCAGCCACAGUCGCAUUGGCGACAGCAGGACCCGUUAUCUGUCCUCUUCAUGGAUUUCCCGGCCCUGGCCACACCAGUGCUAGUUAUCAGUCCUUGCUGGGUUUUCCUAGCCUUCCCGGACUGCCCAGGUGCAUCCUCUGAGCAUGCAUGAGCUUUCACUUCAGCUGCCAAUGUGCUGGAGGAAAUGUGGUCAGACCCAGCCUCCUCUGAGGCUGCUCAGCCUACUGCUCCGCCCAGAUAGAUGGCUUGGUCCUUCUUCUACAAACACCUCCUUUUCCCUUCAUUCCCUAUCGUCUCCCCUUUCUUUCUUUAUUCCCUACUUCAACCUGUAGUAUUUUUUUUUUUCCAUUUCUAGAUCCCCACUCCUGCCUUUYUGUGCACUCCAAUGUCACCUUCUCAGUUUCUAACCUCGAAUACGUUUCUCCUGUUCUCAAUCCUUUUUUCAAUAUUUCCCCUUUUUGUCCUCACGCUAACUCAGUUACCCUCUUGUAUUCAUUUUCCCUGUUAUUAGCUCCUUAGAAUGACUGCUCCAGUCUGUUGGCUAUCCUCUUUGCUUCCUCUUUCCUCCUUGCCCUCUCUCCUAAAAUCUGCUUUUCCUUUGAACUUUCC